CAGAGCGGAGCUGUGAGUGAGAGUGAGUCGUCGGUCUGAAAAUUCCAGCAACCAAAGCAAAAAAACCCUUUAAGGCUUCAGCUUCUCCGACUUCUCCAUUUCCGAAAACACCGACACUGGUAUUUAUUUAUUUUCUUUCACUCUGAGUCUCUGGUGAUCUCAUCUCUCCUUUAAUUCAUUGUCAAGCUUUCAUGGCGGUUUUGGAACUCUAAGAUCUUCAGAAUUUUUUUCCAACUUUGCUCAGAGGUAUCAGGACAGGAAUAAAAAAAGGAAAAAGUGGAGGUCUGGUUCGAGUGAUGCAAAGAAGAACCAUCUGAUCGUGUCUUUUUUUUUCUGGGUUAAUUUCUGUCUCGUAGCGAGAAUGUAUGGAGGAGGAGAUUGUCAGGUACUGUCGUCGUUAGGCGGAAACGUAGUCUCUGCAGACCCGCUCUUCUCGUCGCCGAUCCGAAACCCUAAUCUCAAUUUCAUGGCUAACCUCCCUUUCCAUCCUUUCUCUGCUAUCAUUCCGAAGGAAGAAAUUGGAAUAGCGAAAGGGAAGGACGAGGAGAUGGAGAGAAGCGGCUCGGGCAGUGGCCAUGCCGAAGGCCCGUCUCUGUCCGGUGAUGAGCAGGAGAACGAGCAGCAGCCCAAGAAGAAACGUUAUCACAGACACACUGCUCGCCAGAUUCAGGAGAUGGAAGCUCUGUUUAAAGAAUGUCCGCACCCGGACGACAAGCAAAGGAUGAAACUGAGCCAAGAACUCGGCCUCAAACCUCGCCAAGUCAAGUUCUGGUUCCAGAACCGGCGAACGCAGAUGAAGGCUCAACAAGACCGAGCAGAUAACGUGAUACUGAGAACAGAAAACGAGAACCUAAAGAACGAGAACUUCCGUCUUCAAGCAGCGUUGAGGAAUAUUAUCUGUCCGAACUGUGGUGGUCCGGCCAUUCUGGGGGAGGUCUCGUUCGAUGAACAGCACCUUCGCCUUGAAAAUGCCAAACUCAAAGAAGAGGUACUGUUUACAGACAAUGAGAACCUUGAACGUAUCUCUUGCGUUGCUUCACGAUACAGUGGUCGGUCCAUUCAAGCACUGGCGCCUGCACCGCCUCUGCUACUCCCUUCGUUGGACCUUGACAUGGGAAUCUACUCUAGGCAUUUUCACGAGCCUAUAUCCAAUUGCACUGACAUAGUUCCGGUGGCCCCAUUGCCGGAGAAUCCACAGUUUGCUGGGGGCUGUAUGAACAUGGAACAAGAGAAGCCUUUAGCUCUAGAACUUGCCAUGGCAGCGAUGGAUGAACUGGUAAAGAUGUGCCACGCGACUGAUCCUCUUUGGGUUCGAAGCAGCAAUGGUGGUAGGGAAGUUCUCAACCUGGAAGAGCAUGCAAGGAUGUUUCCAUGGCCAAUGAACGUCAAACAGCAUAAUACUGAGUUCAGGAUUGAAGCCACCCGAGAUAGUGCUCUUGUUAUAAUGAAUAGCAUCACACUGGUGGAUGCCUUCUUAGAUGCUAAUAAAUGGGUGGAACUGUUUCCAUCCAUUGUGUCAAAAGCAAGAAAUGUUCAGGUUAUAACUUCUGGCGUUUCUGGUCAUGCAAGCGGUUCUCUUCUUCUCAUGUAUGCAGAGUUUCAAAUUCAGUCUCCUUUGGUACCAACCCGUGAGGCUCAUUUUCUUCGCUAUUGCCAACAAAAUAUGGAGGAGGGGACUUGGGCAAUCGUUGAUUUCCCAAUUGAUAAUUUCCAUGACAAUCUUCAAGCCAGCUUUCCUAGAUACAGAAGACGACCCUCUGGCUGCAUUAUUGAGGAUAUGCCUAAUGGAUACUCCAGGGUGACAUGGGUGGAACAGGCAGAGAUAGAAGAUAAACCAGUACAUCAAAUAUUUAAUCACUUCGUGAACAGUGGUAUGGCAUUUGGUGCGCAGCGCUGGUUAGCAGUCCUACAACGGCAAUGUGAGAGAUUCGCAAGCCUCAUGGCAAGAAAUAUAUCCGAUCUUGGAGUAAUACCUUCUCCGGAAGCAAGAAAGAACCUGAUGAAACUGGCACAAAGAAUGAUAAAAACAUUCUGCAUUAGCAUUAGCACAACUGGAGGCCAGUCGUGGACAGCUCUCUCAGAUACCGCCGAUGACACCGUUCGGAUCACAACCAGGAAGAACACAGAACCUGGCCAACCAAAUGGCACGAUCCUUGGUGCCGUCUCCACAUCUUGGCUCCCGUUUCCCUGCCACCAAGUGUUCGACCUCUUGCGGGAUGAACGCCGCAGAUCUCAGCUGGACGUUCUCUCUAGUGGGAACUCAUUACAUGAAGUUGCUCACAUCGCCAAUGGCUCUCAUCCUGGGAACUGCAUUUCUCUUCUUCGCAUAAAUGCAUCAAGCAACUCAUCACAGAACGUUGAGCUCAUGCUGCAGGAGAGCUGCACCGAUACAUCCGGCAGCCUCAUUGUCUAUUCCACCAUGGACGUUGAUGCUGUUCAGCUGGCAAUGAGUGGCGAGGACCCAUCCUACAUUCCCCUCCUCCCAAUAGGGUUCGUUGUAGUCCCGGCAGGGCACAGUAGCGUAAGCUGCAACAACGGGAAUGGUGUGCCAUCACCCGAAGAGGGAAAUGGGCAAGCUCCUGCAGGUUGCUUACUUACAGUAGGGCUCCAGGUGUUGGCAAGCACCAUCCCAUCCGCGAAGCUCAACCUAUCAAGUGUCACUGCAGUCAACAAUCAUAUAUGCAAUGCCGUGCACCAAAUCAACGCAGCUCUUAGCAACAGCAGCAACAACUCUGUUGGUGGUGGCGUGAGUGGGGGCUCCUCCACUGAACCGGCCGCUGCAACUGAUUGAGAGAUAUCUUGAUAAUGUAGGGUUCCUCACCGGAAUUACUUGAAGCCUCCCCUCCUCAGUCCUCUCCUCCACACUCUCACAGUCUGGAAGAAUCAAGUUGGAAUGGUUUAGAUAUAAAUUUUUUUGUCAAAUGACCAUAAUACCCUCCAAUCAAGCAAGGACGGCAUUAUUGUCAUUUGAGAGGUUGGUAUUAGUGCCAAAGAAUUCCAUUUUCGUGUUUUAUAUUGUAAAGGAAAGAGGUGGGGAGGUUUUGGGUAAUUUGCAGGGGGGAACCCGGCAAAAGGCCCACAAAGGGCUCUUGUAGUAGAAAAUAAAUAAUUUGUGAAAAGGAAAAGAAAGAGGAAGAAUGUGUAGGGAAGUAGGUGAGAGUUUGAAUAGAAAUUGUAGUGUGUAAGGAACAAAUGAAAUGGUAAAAGGACAGAGGGAGUCAAGAGCGCACCAGGUGGUAUCCUUGCUUCCUGGUAAGGCUAGUAACCCGCAUUGAUGUCGAAUGCGCUGGCUUCACCAGUCUGCAAGGGUGGUGGUUCGGGAAUUGACUUCUGCUUGUCGGGUCCCCCCUUUUCCUCUUUUGUAGCUCGUUCUUUCUUCUGUUCCUCGAUCGACUAAUUGUGUUUAUUUAUUCUUAUUAACUAGUGUUACUACUGCUGGUUCUUGUUGUGCUU